CGGAGUGUGAUGCAGAAGUACCUCCAGGAGAGAAAUGAAAUAACCUUUGACAAGAUUUUUAACCAGAAAAUUGGUUUCUUGCUAUUUAAAGAUUUUUGUUUGAAUGAAAUUAAUGAAGCUGUACCUCAGGUGAAGUUUUAUGAAGAGAUAAAAGAAUACGAGAAGCUUGAGAAUGAAGAAGACCGCCUUUGCAGGAGCCGGCAAAUUUAUGACAAGUACAUCAUGAAGGAGCUGCUGUCUUGUUCGCAUCCGUUCUCAAAGCAAGCUGUAGAACAUGUACAAAGUCACCUAUCCAAGAAACAAGUGACAUCCACUCUUUUCCAGCCCUACAUAGAAGAAAUUUGUGAAAGUCUCCGAGGCAACAUUUUCCAAAAAUUUAUGGAAAGUGACAAGUUCACCCGAUUUUGCCAGUGGAAAAACGUAGAAUUAAACAUCCAUUUGACCAUGAAUGAUUUCAGCGUGCAUAGAAUCAUUGGACGAGGAGGAUUUGGUGAAGUGUAUGGUUGCAGGAAAGCAGACACUGGAAAAAUGUACGCAAUGAAAUGCCUGGAUAAGAAGAGGAUCAAGAUGAAACAAGGAGAAACAUUAGCCUUAAAUGAGAGGAUUAUGUUGUCUCUUGUGAGCACAGGGGACUGCCCUUUCAUUGUCUGUAUGACCUAUGCCUUCCAUACUCCAGAUAAACUAUGCUUCAUCUUGGAUCUGAUGAACGGGGGCGAUUUGCACUAUCACCUUUCCCAGCAUGGGGUAUUUUCUGAGAAGGAGAUGCGGUUUUAUGCCACCGAAAUCAUCCUGGGGCUGGAGCACAUGCACAAUCGGUUUGUUGUUUACAGAGAUUUGAAGCCUGCAAAUAUCCUCUUGGAUGAACACGGACACGUCAGGAUAUCCGAUCUCGGUCUUGCCUGUGACUUUUCCAAAAAGAAGCCACAUGCGAGUGUGGGUAGACGUGGGAAGGUUGCACCAGACGUUAUAGAGAAAACCACUUCCCACGCAAGAUGUGGGGAGUGGGAAAGCCUCUGCAUGUGUGGUGAGUUACUGAGAUUGCACAGCCCUUUCCGACAACACAAAACCAAAGAUAAACACGAGAUAGACCGGAUGACUCUCACCGUGAACGUCGAGCUCCCGGAGGCCUUCUCCCCUGAACUUCGGGCCCUCCUAGAAGGCCUGCUCCAGAGAGACGCUAGUAAGCGGCUUGGCUGCCGUGGAGGCGGGGCACAGGAAGUAAAGGAACACGGCUUUUUCAAAGGCAUCGACUGGCAGCAUGUCUACUUACAGAAGUACCCUCCACCCUUGAUUCCUCCCCGGGGAGAAGUCAACGCUGCCGACGCCUUUGACAUUGGCUCAUUUGAUGAAGACGACACCAAAGGCAUCAAGCUCAGCUGCCUCAUUAUACCCUGGUUGUAUUACGCUCUGGGAAAAGACUGCAUCAUGCACGGCUACAUGCUAAAACUGGGGAACCCGUUCCUGACUCAGUGGCAGCGUCGCUAUUUUUACCUCUUUCCAAACAGACUUGAAUGGAGAGGAGAGGGAGAGUCCCGGCAAAAUUUACUGACGAUGGAACAGAUUCUGUCUGUGGAAGAAACUCAGAUUAAAGACAAGAAAUGCAUUUUGUUGAGGAUAAAAGGAGGGAAGCAAUUUGUCUUGCAAUGUGAGAGCGACCCCGAGUUUGUGCAGUGGAAGAAGGAGCUGACCGAGACGUUUAUGGAGGCCCAGCGGCUGUUGAGACGCGCCCCCAAGUUCCUCAACAAGUCCCGCUCCAGCGUGGUUGAGCUGUCCAAGCCUCCCCUCUGUCACAGGAACAGCAAUGGCCUCUGA